AUGGCGGCAGAUACGCAGAGCGAGCCUCGCAAAGCCAGAAGGACAGCUAACGCAUAUCUUCAAGAACUACAAAAGCAGGUAGAGGAACAUCGACGGUCACCGUCUAGCACCAUCUUUGACUCACAGAAGCAACCGGGAGACGCGCCUUAUCGCUCAUCUCCAACUGCCCAGGCAGCGUCUGCUCCUCCCCAGUACCGCUCUCCUCUCGAUAUCCCCACGAUCCAGACGCAGUCCUCUCUUCCCUACUGCUCCCCCCCCGUGUCCCAGUCCCAACUCGCCGACCAGUUUUCGCCGGGGCUUAAGCGCACCAGCGACGUCGCGUUUGGGCCCAAUGGCGACGUUGAUGGUGAGUGCAGGGUCGAUACUGCUCUUGCUUCUCCUGCACUCACGGCUGAGGGCACCCAACAACAUGCCGCUCCCUCUGACCCUGCUCAAGUGCCAGCCUUCCAGCCGACCGACUCUCCGCUCAGCAUCUGGCCGAGUGCUUUCACAAUACCCUCCAAAAUCAUCAAGAACACACGCAAGAACAGACGCACCUGGAUAUGGCUAGCUCCUUGGUCCACGUGGUCAUUUACCCUCCGCCUCAUGCUCAUGUUGGGCGACAAGCUACAGCCUGGAGCGCAGAUGAUCCCUCCACAACUCGUCGAGAAUGACAUUUACACCAUCUCUUGGAACACGCAGUCGCCUCAUGACCUGCCCGACAUUAGCGGUCUCCCAUCCCUCGAUCACGCCAUCUACCUCUUCUACACCUUCAAGUUCCACCUCGGCCAGACGUACAGAUUAUUUGACGAGGUCGAGUUUGAGAACCAGAUCCGCGAGUUCUACGCCAAUGCUCAGCAAAAGGCUGUCGAGAACCGCCUCUGGUAUGUCAAGUUCCUGUUGAUACUGGCCUUUGGCACGGCCUUUCACACAUCACAGCCGACGUUGAGCAGCGAGCCUCCGGGGUCCAAGUUCUUUGUGCGGGCAAUGGGUCUGAUGCCAGAUCAUACUGCUCUCUGGAAGGACAGUCUGUUGGCCAUCGAGGUCUUGGCUAUGGCUGGUCUUUACCUGUACUCGAUUGAUGAGAGGGAGUCAGCCCAUGUAUAUCUUGGCCAAGCCAUACGGAUUGCGCAAUUAGAAGGGCUUCAUACACAGUUACCAGAGAGCGAGCUAGAUUCCCAAACACUCACCUCGUGUCGUGAUCUCUGGUGGACGUUGUAUAUCAUGGACCGGCACUUUUCAUCAUCUCUAGGGAUUCCAAUGUCGGUGCAGGAUAGUGACAUAACCACGACGGUUAACCCUCCGAAUAUUGGCUCCCAAGGGGACAGUGCUCGCAGUCUACAGGUAAACUUGUCCCAUUUACUAUCAGUUAUCCUCACCAUUGCAACGCGGCCUCUUCUCUUGUCGGUUCUGAAAGAGAGACUGGACAUACUGGGACAUCCAGGCGACGAGAAUUGGGAGAGUUUCUUCAGUCAGACAGCCGCGGUAAUUUCCACAGGCAUCAAGUCGGCCGUGAAAACCCUGCAGAUUUUGACAACCGAAUACAGCCUUCUUGAAGUCUUUCUACCAUACGACCUCGAGUUCACUUUUGGGGCGGCCCUUCAUCUGAACAUGGCCACGGCCCUCUUCCCUGGCGUCGCCGAUGACCAGGGCUGUCGACAGCUCGGCCACCAAAUCCUGGAUAACAUGAUCUCCCGGGGGAACCGAGUCUCCGCCGUUCGAAAGCAGGAGCUGGUUUAUCUCGAAGUCCAAUGCCAGGAACUCAUCGCUCAAGUCCAACAGCAAGGUCUUCAGACGCUCUCCCUCGCCGCACCUGACGAGACAGAUUCAGAACUUGCUCGAAAGGCCGAUGCGGAGCAACAACAGAGGCUGCUCUCUGCAGAGACGGAUACGAAUGCCGCCUUGAGCAUGGCCCCAGACUCGAUCAAUCCCAUGCAUUGCAUGCAUCCUCACUUGACGAGCAACAUAGAGUUUCUUGAUAAUAUUGGAAUCUCGUCAGAGGACUUCUUGACGAUCGUUCAACAAAUAGGGGAUCCAGACACAAUGCCAGAGAACAUGUUGACUCUUGAAUGA